AUGCAGAAGAAACUUGUGCAAAGAUGGGAUGAGAUUGCUGUUGUUACACAUCAGCACGGUGGGGAGCAAGUGGAGGGAGGGGAAGAGCUAGCUAAGCUAAAGGUCAUUGAAAGCAGCCAUCAGGUGAGAAGAAGUUCGGACACGGAGAUAAGGACUUCUGCUACUCUUGUGGACAGUGUGGAGCUGGUGACGAUGCUGGCCGGGAGCGAGGAGCGGGCAUCGCUGCCUGCCAGGCAUGGUACGGUGCCGGCAGCAAGCAGGGUCACGGGGCAUGUUGGUCCCGCCACUGGUGGUGGGGAUGUCACCCCAUCGGGAGCAGGACCCCCGGACAGCCCGUCUGCCGGGACAGCGACCCGCCUGCCCGCCCACAGCCGUCCUCCCGCCACUGGAAGCCAUCACCGUGCUGUGGGCAGCCAGGAGAGAGACAAGAGGGCUCUGGCUUCUCCCAGCACCCCUGCAGAUGCCGAGAGCACGCCGCUGGUUUUGGCAGCCGUCAGCACCGAUUCGGCCGAGAGGACGCUAGGCGGGCACCGUGGGGCCUGGGACGUGACGGGGUUUGACAAUGCAAUGAGGACGGUGCUGCUGCCUUCAUCCACAGAGACUCAUCACCUGGGUGAGCCAUCCCAGUUCAGCCUGGGAACAAGGUGGAUGCUGUUCCCCAGAGAAACCGGGCAUCAGUUAAGCACUGGCGGCCCCUCUCGACCGGCGAGCGGCUGGGUGGGCACUGAGCUGCCUGGCAGCCCUCCCACAGGCACUGCAGCCACUUCACCCAGCCCCUUGGGGAGCAGCGGGGGGACACUGCAGCCCCUUCCCAGCACCCCCCUCCCUGGCUCUCUGGGACAGCCCCAGUCCUCCUCCCAAGCUUCCAGUACUCAGACUGGUGCAAACCACACCAUGCUACACCCCAGGGAUGUCACAGGGGACUCCACAAGCCCUUCGCUCACAGCAUCGCCUGCCACGAACAGCACUUUUGGAGCCGUUGGAAGCAGCUACCAGCCAUCCAAUGUCUCGGCCAUGGAGAGGAGAGUUUCGGAUUUCCCCACCACAAGCACCUCCGUUUCCACAACAGCCACCAAGGGUGGAGGGAGGACGUUAAGGUCUCUGCCAGUCAGCACCAGACUGGCUGAUGCAGCAGAGAUUUCCACCUCUGGUACCGAAAUCACCAGCUCUUCGGACCAGACCCAGUCCCCUGGGAUGUCUUUGGGAGCCCAGGGUGGUGGUGGCAGAGGUGUAGACCCGUUGCUCACGGGCUCACCGUCUGCUUCAGAAAGCGCUUCCACGACCUUUAGCAGCAAUUACGAACCCAAGAGCAUCCCAGCUGCAGAAGAGGCGACACUGCACUCGGACGCCCACAGUGCUGACAUGCCCAGCGUGGCAGCGGGGGCACUGGGGUCCCCCCGAGUGACAAGGGGCUCUGCCACCAGCACUGACCCCACCAGCUCGUUGGGGGAGACUUUCUCCUCCUCGAGGGCUGGGACACACCGUCCUAACAGCUCACGGGAAGCCACCGAUCUCCCAGCACCUCCCGGGGAGCCUUUGCUCACAAGCUCCCUCUCUGCCUCCGAAAGUACUUUCAGAGGUGUCAGAAGCAGCCACCGACCAGUUAACAGCUCAACGACAGAGAAAAACUCCCUUGCUUCCUCUCCUACAAGCGCUUUCAUUUCAGCCACAGCCACCGGCAGUGGCGGGAGGCCCCUGAGGUCUGCCACAGGCAGCAGCCGAUGGGCAGCAGAAGUCUCCACGUCCAGUGGUGGCAUGUACAGGACCUUGGACAUGAUCCAAUCCUCAUCCGCGUCUUCUGAGAGAGAGACCUACGGAGUUCAUGGGUCUAGAGAAAGCACGGAUUUCACCGAGCGCGUGGCAGACCCUUCGCUAACACGCUCUCACUCUCCUUCGGAAGAUCCUUCCGCAGCUACUGGAAGCAGCCAUGUGUCAUUCAGCAUCCUGUCAACAGAGAGAAGAACUGAUUUCCCUACCACCAGUGCCUCCGUUUCCACAACAGCCGCCAAGGGUGGAGGGAGGACGUUAAGGUCUCUGUCAGCCAGCACCAGACUGGCCCAAACCACAGAGAUUUCCACCUCUGGUACCGAAACCAUCAGCUCUCCAGACCAUACCCGGUCCUCUUUGGGAGCCCAGGGUGGUAUUGGCAGAGGUGCCACCAUGUCAUCCAUGGACCCGUUGCUCACAGGCUCGCCAUCUGCUUCGGAAAGCCCUUCCCCAGCAGAAGGGACCUCAGCUACAGGAGGACACCUGCCCGAUGCUCCUCUCACCAGUACGCCCAGCUCAGUGAUAGCCACCAGUAGUGGGGAGAGGAGCACAGUGCCUGUGUCAGACACCCACACAGCAUCCAGCGCAGCAGGGAGCUCCGCUCCCGCUUCACCCCGCACCAGCUCCUUGGAUGUGGUCCUUCUGCCGUCCUCAUCAGCAACAGAGUCUGGGAGGCAGAGCGAUGUUUCACAGAGCGAUGCUGGACUCAGGGAGCUUCCAACGAAGCUGCUGCCUGCAUUUUCUCCCAGCAUUUCAGUGCCUUCACCUUCACCAAGUGCUUCAGAGAGAGGAAGAAGAGUUUCUGGUGCUCCUACUGAGACCAUGUAUGUCUCGACCACACUCUCCAGCCACCAGGAGGGGACAUCUCAGGCUGCAGCUAGCCACGGCACGUGGAGCACAGUGCCAGACAGCUCCACGUCUCACCCGGACACAGCUGGGCAGCCCCACACCGGCCCCCUCCCAUCCUCCACAGCAUGGCCUGGAGCAGGACACGUCUCACCUGGCCAAGCAGGGUACUCAGAGCCCAAGGUCACCCUUUCAUCCGAGGUCUCCACCUACUUCACAGCCACCAGUGAACCUUCCACCGUGGGCAGCAGCCAUCACUCCCUAAGCAGCUCGAGUGCUGAGGAAAGGAUGUCCAGCCCCAUCACUGAUCCUGUGUACAGUUCAUCCAUGUCUGCUGGCGGUAGAGAGAGGACGCUGCACUUGGUGACAGACGGCGCACUGGCCGGUGGCACGGAGAGCUCCGCUUCCUACGCUGAAACUGCCAGCUCUCCAGGGCCGGCUCAGCCGGUGUCGGUGGAGCAGAGUGGGACGGCCAACACCUCCACCAAGCGGGGCUUUGCGGGCUUUGCGACGGAGACGCUCUUCACACGUUCUUCCAAGAUACCCACUUAUUCUUCUUUCCAAAAUGAUCUCACAAGCUUUUCAAGUAGCCAUCAGCCAGUCAGUAGCAUCGAUGCUGAGAAAAGGACCUCAGUUUCUCAUACGGAUGGCACAUACAUUUCAACCACAUAUACCAGAGGAGGAGAAAGGACCCUCCUGUCUAUCUCGAAUAGCAGCACCUCUGCUGACUCCUCAGAAAGUUCCACCUUUUUUUCUGAAAUUUCCAACCCUUCUGAUUCAUCAAAAUCUUCCGUGGCACAGGACAGGAGGAGCAACAUAUCCAGCGAUGGCGGUUUUGUUGAACCAUCGACAGAGCCAUUGUUGGUACAUUCUUCCAAACCAUUGACUUCUGCUUCUGCAGGCAGCGUACAAAAUACGACUCUCUUCAACACUGACUCUGAAUUGUUGACCACUGGCAGAUCAUCUCUGUCUUCAUCAGCAUUUCCAGCCUCUUCCUCACUGUCAUCGCUGCCUCACUCGCUGUCAUCAACACCACCACCAACUUAUCUGUUUACAUCAUCAGAAUCAUCUGAGCCACUCUUGUCCUCUGUGAUGGCAUCUUCACCCCCUCUGCAGGCUUUGUCUUCCUCCUUGCCAACUUCCUCCUUGCUUUCCCCAUCUUAUUCAUUAGCAUCUUUAUUGCCUCUGUUUUCAUCACCAUCAUCCGUCUCGCAGUCCAACGAUAGUGAUCACAGCACCUCUGUAGCUACAACUGUGGUCAGGCGUGUGUCCUCCACAGCCGCCAUGGCUGGGAGCUCGCCCAGAGGGACCAACAAGCACAACGAUGUCACGCCCCAGCCCCAAAACAGCACCACCUUCACCGCCUCUGGGUCUCCUCUCCCUACGGCACCCACAGAGCAGCUCGGUGGACACAUUGCAUCCGUGUCCGCUCCCAUGAUGGUAACGGAGACUGCCUCACCGAGCGUCGCCACCACCCACGGGGACAGCUUUGGGAAAGCAACGCUGCUGCUCACCACGGCCAGCGAUGCCCCACGGGCUGGGCCAACAGAUGCACCCCUUAGUCCUUCACCAAGUGCAACAAACCACAGCGUCAUCAUUCCAGCAGUGGCACUGACCACAGUGAAACCUUCUGUGCUGACAACACCAGCCAGUCACUGGCCAACCCCAGGUGAUGCUAGCACCAUGAAAGCCCACAGAGCUCAAACGCCCACUGCCACUAAGCAUGUGUAUACCACUGGUGAAAGCACAGAAGCUGUGGAUCCCACCACUGCAAGGCCUGGUAAAGUCACUGAGAAAAACAUCCCUGUUACGAGUCCUUCUGAAGCCCCUCCAACCAGCAAGACCACUGUAAGCAUUGCAACUACUUUGGCUGCUACCAAGCCAACCACCGCUCCUCUGUCAAGUAGCACGGCUGGGCUGAGGAUGUCGUCUCCAGCAACAGAUGUGGAUAAAUGUCUUUCCAACCCUUGUCCUGCGCUGGCCACCUGCAACAACACCCGUGGCUCCUAUAUCUGUCAGUGUCCUCUUGGAUAUGAGCUGGAAAAAGGAAAGUGCAAUUUAGUAAGAAUAUUUAUCGGCCAGGUCCCCCUGAAACUUAAUAUUACCCAUGGAAAGUAUGCAGAGCUCCUCCACGUCGAGAGUGAAAUUCUGGCGAUGCUCAAUGCAUCACUCUCCGUCUUGCCAGGUUACCACCACUCCACAGUUAAGGCAACCAGGGAGGCAAAUUUUGUGCAUGUUUCAGUGCAAUCCACGUUCUCUUUAGCAUCCAACGUGACUUUCUACGACAUUGUCAGCAGUGUGAAAAGCUACAUUCGAGCUUGCAAAUCCCCCACCGAAGCCUGCCAGUUCAUCUCCAGCCUGAAACCGCUCCACAGAGUUGGCAGCUUGUGCAAGCAGAAAGACCCUGAAUGCGACAAGGAAACUUCUGAAUGCACCGACUUCGAUGGAGUCGCACUCUGCCAGUGCAAAAGUGGGUACUUCAAAUACAACAAGAUGGACCACUCCUGCAGAGCCUGUGAAGAUGGAUAUAAGCUGGAAAACGAGACCUGUGUGAGCUGUCCGUUUGGCUUAGGUGGAUUCAACUGUGGCAACCCAUAUCAACUCAUCACUGUGGUGAUCGCGGCUGCAGGAGGGGGACUUCUGCUUAUCAUGGGCAUAGCGCUGAUUGUCACCUGCUGCCGGAAGAAUAAAAAUGACAUAAGUAAACUCAUUUUCAAGAGUGGGGAUUUCCAGAUGUCACCGUAUGCUGAAUAUCCGAAGAACCCCCGGGCACAGGAGUGGGGCAGAGAGACCAUCGAGAUGCAGGAGAAUGGAAGCACCAAGAACCUGUUGCAGAUGACAGACGUGUAUUAUUCGCCAACUGGACUGAGAAAUCCUGAACUGGAAAGAAACGGACUUUAUCCUCCCUACACUGGUUUGCCUGGAUCUCGACAUUCAUGCAUCUACCCUGGACAAUACAAUCCAUCCUUCAUUAGUGAUGAAACCAGAAGAAGAGACUAUUUUUAGCGGGGAGUGGAGAGGGAGUGGAAGAGAGAUUGACACAGUUUUGUGGCCCUUGAUCCCCAGGUACAAUCUGUCUCCUGGGCAGUUCAGCCCACAUCAAUCUUACUCUUCCCAUUUAACAGGAAGGACUUUGAACUUCAUGCCGAGCGUUGCUGCCCUGAGGAACGGUUACACUUGCUGAGCAGCAGAGAGAAGGACGAGGAGGAGGGUAUGGCUCAAGGUGCACAUCACUAAAAGACCCAGAUGGAAGUUAACACAUGUACUCCGGUUUUGUUCUGUGCUGCUUCUUCACUCUUUACGCUACAUGGCAAGCAUGGAUCAGUACAGGCAGAAGAACUGUGCCCAGCACUCUGCAUUGAAUACCACUAGGGAGUGUUUUGUUUACAGAUCUUGUUCACUGUUUACUGUGCUUGUCUUCUUAGCCAACCUUCAUGCAAAGAUUCACUGUGCAACUGCUUUUGGUAGGGCAAUUUUGUCCACUCUUUUACAUUGCUGCAUUGCUUUCUGCUUCAUACACGACAGGGAAGCUGGCUUGUCCUCUGACCCUCACCUUCUUACUGGUAGAAGUUCUUCAGAUGCCUGGGUCCUUCCUGAAGUCUAGUGCCUGGCAAAGUUGGCUGAAUUCAUGGGUUGUUUGUCUCCAAGGAGUACGGGAAAGUUAGUCAUACCACUGCAAUUUUAACUGAAAAA